CGGGGCGCGCAGGCUCCGGAAGGCGCGCUUGACGGCUACCUGUGCGUUGGGGGAUCCUGGCAGCCAUGGUGUCAGACGAAGAUGAAUUGAAUCUUCUAGUUAUCGUAGUUGAUACCAACCCAAUUUGGUGGGGAAAGCAAGCAUUAAAGGAAUCUCAGUUUACCUUAUCAAAAUGCAUAGACGCUGUGAUGGUGCUGGGAAAUUCUCAUUUAUUCAUGAAUCGUUCCAACAAACUUGCUGUGAUAGCGAGUCACAUUCAAGAAAGUCGAUUCUUGUAUCCUGGAAAGAAUGGCAGACUUGGAGACUUUUUUGGAGACCCUGGCAACACUUCUUCUGAGUUCAGCCCGUCAGGGAGUAAGGACGGGAAGUAUGAGUUGUUCACAGCAGCGAAUGAAGUUAUUGCCGAAGAGAUUAAGGAUCUCAUGACCAAGAGUGACAUAAAGGGUCAACAUACAGAAACUCUGCUGGCAGGAUCCCUCGCCAAAGCUCUUUGCUACAUUCAUAGAAUGAACAAGGAGGUGAAAGAUAACCAGGAAAUGAAAUCAAGGAUUUUGGUGAUUAAGGCUGCAGAAGACAGCGCGCUGCAGUAUAUGAACUUCAUGAAUGUCAUCUUCGCAGCACAGAAGCAGAAUAUUUUGAUCGAUGCCUGUGUUUUAGACUCGGAUUCAGGACUCCUCCAACAGGCUUGUGACAUCACGGGGGGACUGUACCUGAAGGUGCCUCAGAUGCCUUCCCUUCUGCAGUACCUGCUGUGGGUUUUUCUCCCUGAUCAAGAUCAAAGAUCUCAGUUAAUCCUCCCUCCCCCAGUCCAUGUGGACUACCGGGCAGCUUGCUUCUGUCAUCGAAAUCUCAUUGAAAUUGGCUAUGUCUGUUCUGUGUGCUUGUCAAUAUUCUGCAAUUUCAGUCCUAUCUGCACGACCUGCGAGACAGCCUUUAAGAUUUCUCUGCCUCCUGUGCUGAAGGCCAAGAAAAAGAAACUGAAAGUGUCCGUGUGAUCAGAAGAUGCCCCACGCCCCGAGCUAAUCUCUUAGAGCUUAUUAAGAGAAAUUGUACGGCGAAAGCUGUGUUAGGAAGCCCUGAAAAAAAUACAGCGUUGUAUGGGAUGAUUUUGAAUGAAGUUUCUUACAGGAAAGUUUUCUAGAACAUUAUCCUCAUGCUGUGCUUUUGGGGGGCCUGCUUUAUUUGAGGGAGUCAUUCUGUGCAAUCUUUUCUGAUGGUUUUUUGUCCACAGAGGGAGAAGAAAGCAUAAAUUAGUGACUUUUUUUUUUUAAUGGGGUGAUCAUUUGUCUGUCAGCCUGGCCUGAUUGCAGGCUUUAGACUCUGUUACCUAGUCUGGGUUCUGCCUGUGAAAUGCACAACCAGUGAAAUUUGAGCAAAGUUUUAGCGAUUGUCCACUAAUGGGAUUAAUCAAGACAGACCAUCUUCCUUGAAUCAACAGCUGACUUGGACGGUAGUCAUGCAAAUAAAAUCCUUAUUUUCUAAGUUAAGAUUUAGCUCCAGAAACUAGCAGAUUUGCUUUUGCCUGACAUCACUGUGUGUCUGGACAUAGUUAUCCAUGUAAUAACUGUCGCUGAGUAAAUACAAAGUCUGAUCUUAAGUGAAUGUGAAGAAGGGGGUGUGGUACUCGGGCAGUGACCUUCCCUUCAGAGAUAGUUGGGUGAAGAGCUUCUGCGUGAGAGCUGCUGUCUGGGUUCAGAGGAGGGCCUGGUGGAGAAUGGAUCUUUUAUGGCUCAGUAUUGUCCCCCAGGUGGAAUGAGAAAAAAAAAGAAGCAUUAAUGUUGGAGAACUGUUCUCUAAAAUAAGUGCGAUAGGUUCAAAAGAAAAAUUAUUUGUAAUUUCAACAAGAAAAAACUUAUUUUUCUAUGGAACCUUGAAGUUAUUAGAAGUCUUUUCAGACGAGAUCGGGCGCGUUCAGGGUGGUAUGGCCGUAGACAUUAGAAGUCUUUUCAAAUUCCAGCGCAGUGUAAGAAGGAUUUUCAGGAAUGGUGGCUGGUUUGUUUUACGUAUAUUGACAAAAACAAACAAUCGUAAAUUGACAAAAACCCAUUUGUGUACACAACUUUGUAUGUAAGUAAGAUUUUAAUUUUCCCUUUAUGCCAUCUCAGAAGCUGAGUCUCGUUUAAGUAAUUUGGUAUUUGGCUAGAUGAUUUCAGGUAGAUUUUGUACUUUUGGAUUUAUAAUUUUGUUAAAUACACAGAGGCUUUGGUGAUCACUUGGCCAAUAUUUGUUAGUCCUUGAGUUUAAGAAUCUUAUUUGUCUUUUAGAAAUAAUAUUUAAUAUUUCACAGUGUAACUAUAAUGGAAAUCACUGUUUUAAGUCUAGGAAGUCAUCAGAUACCUAAAAGAGAAUUUCAAAGAAGCUGGUGAGGUUCUCGUUACUAAAUUUUUGUUUGAGAUGUUUUGUGUACUGGCGUAAUUCUGUUUUGAUUUUAUUUUUAACUGUUGUGUUUAUGGUUUAUAUAAA